CCCCGGGAAAUUACUUCUUCAUAUCACGUGAACUGCAAGAACUUCUUCCACAUCACCUUCUCACAUUAAAGAAAAAAACUAUAUAUUAUAUAAAUCAGUACAUAUAUACAUAUAUAGUAAGUAGCUUGGACUAUAGAAGAAAAAAGGAAACUGUGAAGGCAGAGAACUGAUUUUGAACUAUUUGACAAGAAGUUACAUAAAAUUUGUGAGAAGUUUCUGAGAAAUUUUCAUCAUUCAACAACUUCAAUACUGCUCAUGGAAUUAGCAACAAAAUAGAGCAAACAUGGCUAGCUUCAAGAACUUCAAUGUCAUCACAAACUCCACCAAGGCACAAGAUUCAACCUUUCUAAACCAAACACUAAGAGGAAACAUUAUGAGGAAAAUCUUCAAGAUUAUUUUCUAUCUCCACUUGCUUGUAAUUUCACUUUUGAUCAUUUCCCUCACAAUCUAUAACCUUAUCUCCACCUCUCAAAAUCCUAAUUUCCACCCAAUGAAAUGGUACCCUCCACUCUUAACCUCAACAUUAUGUGCUGGAGUUUUUGGUUUCACAUGGCAAUGGAUCACUCUCAAGAACCCUAAAAUUGCCAUCAAAGCAACAUUUUGGCUUAGCCCUUUUCUUACAUGUGCAAUGGCCGUCAUGUUGGUCUACAUCGAAACUCCGAUAAGUCUUACAUUUGGUGUCAUUGCUUUGAUUUCUUCAUUGAUUCAAUCUCUCUAUGGUUGUUGGAUCAAUCAUAGACUUGAAUAUGCCGACAAAAUUUUAUCAACUUCAAUAGUUGAUUUUCCCAUCAAAACCAUGAGAAUAGCAUUUUCAUCAAUCCUAAUAGGAAUUUUCUAUUGCUUUUUUCUCAUGUUUGGAAUAGGAGGAGCAAGAGCAAUUGAAAACAAAAAAAAGGUAACAUCAUUGUUCAUUUUGUUGAUUCUAUUGAGCCUAGGAUGGACUAUGCAAUUUCUCAAGAAUGUGAUUCAUGUAACAAUUUCUAGGGUUAAGUAUAUGAACUUAGGUGGUGGUGAAGAAAUCAUGGACACAAAUGUUGCAUUUCAUGACACAUUAAAGUACUUAAUUGGAAGUGUUACAAUAGGUUCAAUUUUGGUUCCAUUUAUCUCAACCUUUAGGGGUUUUGCUAGGUCAAUGAGUCUCAUUGGAGGAGAUAGUGAUGAGUUCAUGUUUUCUUUUGUUAGUUGCUAUAUGGGAAUUGCAUCAAUUCUUGUGAGGUGUGGAAAUAGGUUUGGUUUUGUGCAUGUUGGUGUUUAUAAUAAAGGGUUUGUGCAAAGUUCUUGUGAUGUAUGGGAUAUUUUCAAUAGGGUUGGAUUGGUGCAACUUGUGGAUUUGGAUCUUAGUGGAUCAUUUUGUUUCCUUAGUGGUGUGGCAGGGGGUGCAAUUAGUAGUUUGGUGGGUGGGAUUUGGAGUAUUGUGGUGUAUAAGAAAUAUGCAACUGAAGUGUCUAUUUAUGGGUUCUUAAUUGGAUACUUUAUGGUUAGAUUGGGAUUGGCAUGGGUACAAGCAUGUGUUUGUGCUUACUAUGUUGCUUAUGCAGAGAAUCCACAAAGUACUCAUUUUGACUCAACUAUACCAAUGCGUUUGGAACAGCUUCAUAGAUCUCAAGUUUAGAAAUAUUUGAAGAAAUGAAUUUGAAACAUGUAUAUUACUUAGGAUAAUUUGAUAGAAAUAACAAUUUGAGUAACUUAUUUAGAAUUUGAAUAUUAAUUCGUCUUGUUAAUCA